AUGAAGUACAUCAAGAAGCCAAUAAUCGACCCAGAAACGAAGAAACCUUGCAGCAGAGGUCUUCAUAAAGCUCAGCUCUUGUUGGAAAGUUGCGUGGAGACGGUGGUCAUCAGCAAGUUGGGAUCUUUCGAAUUCCCGGUGGCCAAACGGCUUGGUGAGCUCUGGCAGUUUCCCUCUGACCAUCCGCCGAUUGCGGCCCAACUCACACUUGGCGAGUGCUCCCUCAAGGUUGCUUCAUGUAAUGUGCUGAAUAGGAACUACUACAAGUACAUCGAUGCAGAUACGCAAGGACUCAAAGGUUCGCAGAUAACAACGUUGCAUGAAGCGGAAACAAGAGAAAACGUGAUCAUUGAAAAGAUUCAGGAGAUGUUGCUGAAGACAAAUAUCCACAUUUUAUGUUUGCAAGAGUGCUGGCCCGAGCUAAUUGCAGAGCUGAAGGCAACUUUGGGUGAGAACCUUCUGUUUGAGACGCUCUGCAGUGGGGAUGAGCAGGACAAGAACCAGGAGGUGGUGACAGAAGUCCAUUUCCAGCUUGAGACAGAGUCUUUGCGUGUGGUGACGACGCAUGUGCCUGGUGCUCCCUUUGGGCGUGCCCGAAGAGAAUUUGCGGAUCGCCUUGCGGAAAUCGUGAACGGAAAGAAGCUUCCAACCGUGCUGAUGGCAGACCUGAAUUUCCCUGAAAAGGAUUCAAGAAGUCCCGGGGGCACUUGGGUGCUGGGCUUCAAGAAGUAUCUUGUUAAUCUUCAGCCGGUCAGAUGCCCUAAGUACAGUCCCUUGCCGCACUUGAAGGUCAAACAGGACAACGCUGCCCACGUGCAAACUUGUGCCUUCCGGAUGUCCAAACGGGCGAAGCUCCUCGAAAAUCACGAAGGAGAUGAUCCAAUGGAGGAAGAUGUGCCAGCCAACGGUUCCUGGGAUGAGGAGGAUGCCCAUGGAGAAGCUGCGGAAGUUGAGGAAGAGGCGGCCAAAGAACCACCAGCUAUGACUUACGAGGAUUGGGAGUACGAGCUUGGGGGCUAUGACUCUGAGGCUGAGUGCUUGGGCCAUGCGACGUCUUCGGACUAUUACAGGGCUUACAAGCGCAUAGCUGAAAUCAAGAUGCUACGAGCUGCAGAGCGUGGUGAGUGCCUGGAUCGUGCAAGUGCUUCAGAGGAGUCCGCAAGCUCUGAGCAGAGCUACAUGUGCAAUGGUGACUAUGAGGAUGGCGCUUCUGGCGAGAAGCAUCCUGAAGACCAGAUUCAUGACUGGUGGAACUCUUUUGCUGAGGAGGCUGGGCAGCCCAGCGCUGAAGGCGAUGGAGAGGCUCCCACCUGGUCGUUUGACCAUGCCGAACAGAACCAGUUCUAUGACCCAGAGGACGAGGAGUGGUUUGAUCAUUGUUAUGAGGUGGAGGCCAAGGACCAUGACCUCUUCAAUGAUGAGGCCAUGGAUUGCGAGGAUCAUGUUGAGGUGCACAGCUGGCCUGGGCAUAAGGAUGGCCACGAUGGUGAGGCUCCUUCUUGCAAGGCUAUUCCGGAGUGGGACGAGUCCUAUGGAUAUGGCCUUGCUGACCAAGAGGUGCUGUCAUGGUGGAUUGACAACGUGGAGCAUUACGACCACAUUGCCCAGGAUUCCAAAGCUGUGGAAGAAACGGACCGUGUUGAUGAGGCGCUUCAUGGUGAAGAGAAUCACCCCUCUGAGGAUUCCACACACCUUGACUUGAUCAGCAUCAGCAGCAAGGAGGAUGCAUUCACGGAGAUGGAGGUGGAAGCCCUCAUUGCAGAGUACAUGGAUAUGCCGGGCACUGAGGUUCUGGACCCGCCGCCUUCCAGCAAGGCCAAGACUGAUGACAUCUCCAAAGUUCCGAAAGGUUGGUGGGAUGAUGUCGGAGUUGCCCCGAGCUCCUCUUCCUUUCAGGGGUUCACCUUUGAAGUGGAUGAGACCCCCGAUAAGUUGCCCCAACCGAUGAAGAAGCGACAGCAGCUGGCUGCCAAGCGGCUCGAGCUACAGUUGCAAUCCCAGCAGGUUCCGAAGGUGCCUGACCAGGAUGCUGAGGCAUCCACAGUUGUGAAGCCAACUUUGAAAUCCAAGAUCAAGCCAGCCAAGGGCAAAAAGGUUGAAAAGCCGAAAGGUGAAAAGCCAACUCGCAAGGCGGCAGAUGGUCCAAUGACGACCGCCAUGAAAGCUUUUAUGGAAUCUACCAAAAAGAACAACACGGAUAUCAAGCAUUCCGAUGCUGUCAAGUUGUGGAUGCAGUCAAAGGAACGCAGCAGCAUCGUUGAAGCCCUCCCUCCAAAUGAGAGGAAGAGGCGCCGAUUUGAAAAGUAGAUUUAUGCGAGGUAAUUGUGAUUUGAAAAGGUAGGUAGAUUUUAUGGUAUGGUGGCUAUGGCAAGCAUUGC